AUGCCUUUAACCGUUGCGGAUAUUGUAUUCAAUGAGCAAGCAAGUCACAACUUCUCAAAGACCCUUGGUGAGAUCAAACGAGCCACUCUAUCUAUUCACAAUCGGCUUCGAUCUAUUCUCGAAGAUGCAGAAUUUGCCGAAUCUGUUGCAAAUGCCUACAAUAGACCGCUUAUGGCAAAUGAGAGAUGUGGCAGCUGGUACAUUAAUCCGAAUAAGAAAGGAGGUAGUGCAUACUUCAAAAGUACAGAUGGCCAUACAGGUGUCUGGAAGUUUAGCUCGCGAAGAUUGAAUUUACAUCUGUUAGAGAUAAUCGGUGAUAAUGACGGCAAUCCAACAGCCCAUAAGCUAUACGCUCCACCACAAGUAGUUUCGGAUUCCGAACAUGCUCAAAUAACGAAUUUACUUCCUCAAUUCGUACAAGCAUUUCAAGCUCUCAAUCUACCCAUUGAAACUUUUCGAAGUAAACUUCGCAAGCCAAUAAGACCCAUUUGGGUAACUCCUGAAUCGCAAGUAUCUAAUACAGGCGAUGUCUUUGAAGAUUUUCAUCCUGUUAUUUGCUGUACGGUUUCGCGAAGGGUUGCUGGGGGAGAAGUUAGCGAGGGGGGUUAUAUACAGGGGGCAGGAGACGAUACGGAAAAUUGGGCUCAUGGACUCACUCCGAAUAUUUUCUGGACGAAUCAACAGCAAUUACUUGAAACAUCAGAAGAAGAUCUCCCUGAGCUUAUUGAGACGUUAAUAAACCACUCUAGCUCGUCUCUUCUAGGAUCAAACAACAAAUUACGCCUCGUGAAACCUACUUCAUGUCUUUCCAUUUCGACUAUCGAUACAGUUUCAUCUCUGGAAAAUAAUACCAGUACCUGCAUCAUUGUACUCUUACCAAAAAUCACACACAAAGAUACAUGGUACACCUCUCCCUCACGAAUGGACAUCGGUCUCGGAAGCAAAAAAGUAGGCAGCAAGAAUCUCCGCGCAGCUCUCAAAGAUAUCACCUCAUUCAUCAUUCCAAACCUCAAAAAACUCGAAAACUCACAAGAAUCCUCCACUCCACACCAACAAAUAAUCAUAGCAUGCGAAUCGGGACAAGAUCUCUCAAUAGGUGUUGCGCUUGCCCUACUAUGUCUUUAUUUCAACGAUGAUGGUGUGUUGGAAGAGGUUAUCGUGGAUUUCCACUUCGAUGCCGGAUGCUAA